AUGAGUUCGUGGACUAAAGAGCUUGAUGAAGCAGCUGUGCUCGCAACUAAGACAGGCUCCUGGCACGUGUUACUUUUUUACCUCCUUUGUGGACUUGCUGCUUUUCCAACUUCUUUCUUGGUUUUUUCACAGGUAUUCACUAACGCCACUCCCGACCAUUGGUGCGCCCCGCCGCCAGAGCUCGAGGGUUUGGAACUGCCCGAGGGUCUCCUACGCAAUCUUACUGUGCCACAGCAUGAAGGGGUGUAUGAAUCAUGUUCCAGAUAUGCCCUGGACACGAGGGCGUUGUUUGCUGCGUUGCACGUUUACGUCGAUGAAAGGACCGAAAUAAUUCACGAGGGCGGUGUGUUACGAACGAUAAAAACUUGUCAGUUGAUCCCUGCUAAAGAAUUCGAAGAGCGGGAAAAACAGAUUUCUAGAAUAGUAGAAGCCAUAACAUUAAUCAGAAGCAAGCCAACGGGAUGUUUGAAUGGUUGGCGAUUCAGUACUGAACAAUAUGAGGUGACCCUUGUUACAGAGUUUUCUUUGGUAUGUGAGAAAGAAUGGUUGCCGCGGACAGGUUACACACUAUUCUGGGUAGGCUCAAUAUUUGGUAACCUCUUCUUUGGAUGGAUGUCAGACAGAUAUGGCCGUCGUCCAACGAUUUUGCUAAUGAUCUACCUAGAAGUGCCGUUGGCAAUAGCAGCUUGUUUUCCAAGCUCUUACAUGACCUACAUAGUUUUAAGAGUACUUGGUGGGCUAUUCUUUCCAGCUAUGUAUCAAUUGCCAUUUAUUCUUGCCUUAGAAUUGAUGCCACCCGCUCGGAGGACGCAUGCAGGUAUAAUUGUAGGAAUGUUUUUUGCUAGUGGAAUGAGCUUGCUAGCGAUUAUCGCCUACAUUGUACGGGAUUGGUUUUAUCUAUCGUUAGCAACAAGUCUUCCGUUCAUAACUUUGUAUGGGUUUUACUGGUUGAUACCAGAGUCACCAAGGUGGCUUGUAGGCAGAGGUCGAAUAGCGGAAGCGGAAAAAGUCCUUAGAUCACUUGCCAAAAAGAAUGGCAUUGAACUGUCUCAAGGAAUUCUUUUUGAUAUACAUAAGAAAAUAAAAUAUGAAAACUUUGCAGAAGAAAAAUCUACUAUGUUAUCCUCAAUUAAUGGAAACACUGUUGAAUUUCCUGAAGUUCGUGAUAGGAAUUGUGCUGAUCAUAUAAUAGGAAAUAUGCUUACUUUGAAACCAGAUGUAACCAAUGUUUCCGAAAAUGUUAAUGAUAAUGUAGACAAAGAAAGUCUUUUACUUAAUAAAAACGUAGGAAAGAAAGGAAUCAGUAACACGCUUGAGAAUAACAGGGGUGCUAGUACUAGAGAACUUCGAUUAAAUGAACAAUUGAAGCAAUCGUUAAAGAUGAAUUAUCGUGGAACGUCUUUAGGUGAUUUAAAAAGCAAAACACGUCAACUGGUCACUAGAAUUUUCCUUAAAGGUGAUAAUGAAGAUAAUGUGGAAAUGAGUGCCAAUGAUGAUCAAGAAUUACAAGAAGAUUGCAAAGCAUCUAUUUUAGAUUUAUUCAGAUAUCCAAAUAUAAGAAAGAAUUUUUUUAUUCUGACUUUCGAUUGGCUAUCAUUAGGAGUAAUAUAUAAUGGCUUAAGUUACAAUACAUCAAAUCUAGGCGUCAAUGACUACUUGGCAUUUUUUAUUGGAGGAGUGGUGGAGCUUCCUUCAUAUAUAAUCGCUUGGCAUUGCAUGGAGCGUUUUGGUCGCCGAUGGGUGCUAUGCAUUUUUAUGUGCAUCGGCGGCUUAGCUUGCCUCAGCUGCGUAUUAGUCCCAGAAGACAGACCAUGGUUGACUGUCUGCUUGGCAAUGCUGGGCAGACUCUGUGGUGCGGCAUCCUUUGCUGUAUUCUACGUGUUAAUUGGAGAGUUUCUUCCUACGGUGUUGAGAUCGCAAGCUAUGGGAUUGGCGUCAUUUAUUUCGGGCUUAGGCCUUUUAGCCUGUCCUUAUGUUGUGCAUUUGGCUGUAUACGGCAAAUCACUUCCACUCAUAAUCAUGGGUAUACUUAGCGUGAUGGCGGGUAUUUCGUCGCUGUUCCUGCCCGAAACCCUGAACCAACCGCUGCCUCAGACUUUAGAGGAUGGCGAAAUGUUUGGAAGGGAUUUUAAAUUGUUCAGUUGCGUUGAUAGAUCGAGAAAGGAACAGGACUACAAUUCUACAUGUACAAAUUAA